AUGUCAAAGAGAAUGGAACCCAACAAACGGAUGUUUGUGAGUUGCAGCCAUCUCCCUGGCACAACUCUCUCUCUUUUUCGGUUAUGUGCUUCUCAUUCUUGCAUUCAAUCCCCCGAGGCCUUGGAAAAGAACAAGAAGUGGCUGGAAUAUGACCAGCAGAGAGAGGCCUGUUUGAGGGCGAUUCUGGCCAGAGUGGUGUGGCUGGAGAUGCAACUGAACGAAGCCAAUCAGGCCCUCUCACAGCAGCACAAUGAGGAGCAUUCAGAUGGUGAGCCACAGGGAUAUUACAUCUUUGUCAUGCUGUUCAGCUACAUGACAUUCAAAUUGAUGUGUAGGUGUGAGGAAAAGGAGAAGGAGGUGGAGGUCCUCAAGCAACAGCUGCAAACCGAAAGAAUGAGCAGAGAAAAAGCACAACAAGAUGACUAUUGCUCUGAGGAUGAAGAGCAACAGCUGAAGGACAAGACCAAGGAUUUCCAGGGCAAGCUGAAUGAGGAAAGGCGAAGGUCGGCUAACUUUGAGCUACAGGCAAAUCUCUUUCAGAGCUGUAUGUUAAAUCGUUACCAUGCAGACCAGGAAAACAUUGCAGAGCUGAAGCGGCAGAUCAAGAUUUCUUCACAAGACCUUGAGGAUGAGAGGCAGAAUUGUUCAUAUUUAAAGAAGCAAAUGAUCAGACUUCUGAAGACGGUGAAGAAAACAAAAGGCUGUGUGAAAAAACAGUCACAGAGAGACCAGCAGGAUCACAACUCAUGCCAAGUGAUGCAGCCCCCCUCCCAGCUCUCCAGAGACUUUCUGGCGUCCUCUCCAGUCAGCAGCUCGCUGAAUGAAAGCUUCCUGGAGUGUCCCAGCUGCCAUGCCGAGUAUCCAGCCAGCCACUACCAAGAACUGAUAAGCCACCUAGAAAUCUGCCUAGACUGAGCCAGCAGAACAUCUCUUUAGUUCUGUACCUCCUGUAAUUUGGAUUGUUUUUUACCAAUUAUAUGUAACUAC